ACUUGGCAGAUGUGGAAGGCCUUCAGCACUCUAAAGACAAGACCGGUUCUACUGUAAGCUAAACAUAUUCCAAAAGUUAUAAAAUGCGACCCAGGAUUCAAGUUGAACUUGUUGCGAGGCAUAAGAAAUAUUUGGAAGAACAGAUACAAGUUCUGGAACCUGUCUUGGAUGUUAUGAAACAAGCUGUACAAAAAAGUAAGACUUGGAUAGAAGAGGAUAAAAAUGAACACCCCUCAUUUACCUACAUAGAAAUACAUCAAGAGCUAGACUCAGCUACUUUGUGUUUGUUCAAUGCGGCAUCAUCAAUCAUAAAUGAAAAUAAAGACUACGUAGAUUACGAGGAAUAUACGCCAACAUUACCCCAGUCUACACCACAGACUACAGAAGCAGAUAAACGUGACCUUAGUGAAUCAAAUCAUCAAGUCACUAAACACGUUCAAUCAACAGCGGAAAUAGUGAGUCGACUUGAGCAGAUAGAGACAGCCAUAUCUUCUCUACAAGACGUCAGUCGACUUGAGCAGAUAGAGACAGCCAUAUCUUCUCUACAAGACGUCAGUCGACUAGAGCAGAUAGAGACAGCCAUAUCUUCUCUACAAGACGUCAGUCGACUUGAGCAGAUAGAGACCGCCAUAUCUUCUCUACAAGACGUCAGUCGACUUGAGCAGAUAGAGACAGCCAUAUCUUCUCUACAAGACGUCAAUGACAAGUCUACAGAUGACAUAUCAGAAAUAAAACAAUGGAGAGACAACUUUGUAACAGAACAGAGUGACAUGGGGGUAAACAUUGAACAACUGACUAAAAAACAAAAACAGAAUUUCAAAAACCUCAGAAAACAAAAGAGUGAACAAGAUAACAAAGUAAAGGAGCUGAACAAAGAAAUUGAAAGUUUAAAAGAAAAAGAAUCCAGGCCAAACAAAACACAAGAGAAACUGUCUCUAGAUAUGAACAAAUAUGAAAACAACUUACACAAAAUAAAUAAAGAGAUGCAAUUUCACUCUGAUAAAACAGACAGUAUAACACAAGAAAUUAAAAUACUUUCUGAUGUUAUUGUUUCUUUAGAAGAGGAUUUUAAUAAAACCAUGGCAAAUGUAUCAACCAAAUUUGAGAAGUUACAGUUAAAGCACAAUGUGAUGUGCAAACUCCUUCAACAAAGAUUGAUGCCAUUUGACAGACUGAUUCAAAUCUUUAACCAGAACUUGGAAACUAGAGAAGAAAGAAUAAAUAAGCUAGAAACUAUAGAAAAUGUUAUAUCAAAGCUGACGAUGGAUUUCAAUGUAAUCGAGUCACGUGUAUGUAACAGAUAUGCUUGUCAUGUGGAGCUUGCUCAACCAACACCUGUCAGUUAUACAAAUCUAAUGAACAAUUUUAAAGACGAAUGUUUAAAUAAGUUCACAAGACAACAAUAUGAGUCUGAUAGUUUAAUAUAA